UAAACAGUCUUAGAAUAAACUACAAGGAAUGCAGGACCAACUGGAUCAGGAGCUCGAGCGCAUCGACAAUAUGCCCAAAUUGGGGCUUCUGUGGGUGGAGUACAGUGCCUACGCGUUGGGUGUUAAUAUUGCACCCAGGAAGCGUAGCUCGAAAUACUGUCGAUUAACUCGCAUUGUGGUCUUGAUUGUUAACCUGAGUAUCAUAUACAGCCUAAUCGCUUUCAUUAUGGAAAACUAUAUGAUCUCUUUUGAGACCUACGUUGAGGCGGUUUUACUCACCUUUCAACUGAGCGUUGGCGUGGUAAAGAUGUUUCACUUUCAAAAUAAGGUGGAUUCUUGUACCAAACUGGUGUUUUCUACAGAGACAGGUCAGGUCCUAAAGUCUCUGGGGCUCUUUGAAUUGGACUUGCCCAAAAAACAGGAGCUCCUAAAAGCACUCAGCUUGAUCUUGAUGGACAAUUGGCUUAUCAUUGAUAAACAGGUUAUGUUCUUCUUCAAGAUCGUCUGCAUGCCUGUGAUAUACUACACAAUGCGACCCUAUUUUCAGUAUAUGUACGAUUGCUAUAUUGUUAAGGAGACCUGUGAAAUGACCUUGACUUACCCAGCCAUUGUUCCAUACGUACAACUGGGAAAGUUUGAAUUUCCAUCUUAUGUGAUUCGCUUCUUUCUUCUGCAAUCCGGUCCGUUUUGGUGCUUUUUUGCUGUAUUCGGCUUCAACAGUCUAUUUGUGGUUCUCACUAGAUAUGAGUCUGGUUUAAUAAAAGUCUUACGGUUUCUGGUUCAAAAUUCUACCUCGGAUGUCCUGGUCCCCAAGCAUCUAAGAGUUAAAUAUCUUCAGUGUUGCGUGAGGCUCUUUUCUCGCAUAUCAAACCAUCAUGAUCAAAUUGAAAACCUGUUCAAGUAUAUUAUCCUGGUUCAGUGCUCUGUAAGCAGUAUUUUGAUCUGCAUGUUACUUUACAAGAUCAGCACUGUGUUAGAAGUUGGCUGGGUGUGGAUGGGCAUGAUUAUGGUCUACUUUGUGACUAUAGCUUUGGAGAUCACCCUGUAUAACGUAAGUGCACAGAAAGUUGAAACCCAGAGUGAACUACUAUUCUAUGAUUGGUACAACUGUAGCUGGUAUAAUGAGACCAAGGAAUUCAAGUUCAUCAUCAAAAUGAUGCUACUGUUCUCACGUCGAACUUUAGUUUUGAGUGUGGGUGGAUUUACCAGUCUCUCCCACAAAUUCCUGGUGCAGGUGUUUCGGCUGAGUGCAAACUUCUUUCUGCUCCUACGAAACAUGAACAACAAGUAAAUCAAUUUCAGCCUUUACAAAAUUACAACGUUGGA